AUGAAUUCUUCAACAUCGAAGCCUCUCGGAGUAACUGGCCCGCUCUCAGUUACCCCACCCACAGACUCCGAAAACCAAGCCUCCAACUCGUUGAUCGAAGAACUGAAGCGCCAAAAUAACUAUGAAAACGCAGCAGAAAUAUCCAAGAGGCAAAAAGUUCUUAAUUCACUUCAACUUAUCACGGAGGAAUUUGUAAGACAGGUCAGCACGGCUCAGGGCCUUGCCGCAAAUCUUGUCAAGACUGCAGGCGGUAUGGUAGUAACAUUUGGUAGCUACAAACUGGGGGUUAUCGGUCCUGGAUCAGAUAUCGACGCAUUAGUCGUCGCACCACAAAAUGUCACAAAAGAAGAUUUUUUCAGCAAGUUUCCUGAUCUUUUAAGAUCCAUGGCAAGUGAAGGUCCCAUCACUGAACUGACUGCUAAACCUGAUGCCUUUGCUCCAUGCAUCACACUCAAAUACGCAGGGAUUGACAUCGACUUAUUAUUUGGACGCGUUAAGCUCAGUCAUGUACCAAGGAACUUAUCUUUACUUAACCAAAAUAUGUUACGUGGAUUGAACAAUGAAGAGGUCCGUUCCCUGAAUGGCGUUCGUGUGGCAGAUGAGAUCUUAAAUUUGGUCCCAGAGCCUGCCAUAUUUCGAACAGCACUCCGCACAAUUAAACUAUGGGGAACCAGACGUGCUAUCUCCGGAAACAUCUAUGGAUUCCCUGGUGGUGUCGCCUGGGCUAUAUUAGUCGCUAGAAUCUGUCAGCUUUAUCCCAAGGCAACAAGCUCUACGAUUGUAUUUAAGUUCUUCCGUAUCAUGGAAAAAUGGCGAUGGCCAAUGCCUGUGCUACUAAAGGAUAUUGAUAAUGCCAAUACUCUAGGCCUCAAAGUCUGGAAUCCGAAGAUAUAUGGAUCAGAUAAAAAUCACAUAAUGCCCAUAAUUACACCUGCUUAUCCGGAAAUGUGUACGACGCAUAACUUUUCCCUCUCCACAAAAGCCAUUCUGGAGAAAGAGCUCAGAAGAGGUGGUGACAUCGCCGAUCAGGUAAUGUCAGGAAAAGCACCGUGGAGAGAUUUAUUUGCAAAGCACACCUUCUUCACAAAAGGUUACAAAUAUUACUUAUCUGUUGUUUCGGCCAGCAGGACCAAGGAGUCACAACUUCUCUGGUCUGGUUUCGUGGAGUCGAAAGUGCGUUUGCUGGUUAAUAAGCUGGAAUACCAUCGAUCUAUAGCAUUAGCCCAUCCAUUCAAUAAAGGAUUUGCAAGAGUUCACAGAUGCAGUAAUGAAGAAGAAGUUGACUUGGUCAAGAAUGGAUCCCUUAAAUACCACGCUACAGACAUCGCUACUCUAACAACUGGACACGGCCUUGCGACCGAAAUACCAAAAGAGGCCGGAGAAAUAAAUGAAAAAUCCGAAAUUGAUCAACGCGGAAUAAUGGUUUAUACAGCUACACACUAUAUUGGCUUAGAACUUGCUGAAGGAGCAAAAUCUCUCGAUCUCUCGUAUGAAGUCGACGAAUUCAAAAAAAUAUGCACUUCAUCAGAGGCAUAUAACCAAGAGGAAAACUCUCUUGGAGUAGCUCAUACCAAGAAUUGCGACUUGCCUGAUGAUGUUUUUACAGAGGGUGAGAUAAAACCAAUUCGCCCUCAAAAGCAAAAAAAGAAACGCCCAGCUACCGAGGAAACCACCCAAGUUCCGGCUAAAAGACAACAGACGUCCGUAGCAGUUGUUGGUUGA